CACAGCCACCAUGAACAGCAAAGGUCAAUAUCCAACACAGCCUACCUACCCUGUGCAGCCUCCUGGGAAUCCGGUAUAUCCUCAGACCUUACAUCUUCCUCAGGCUCCACCUGCAUACUCAGAGCUCUAUCGUCCAAGCUUUGUUCAUCCAGGGGCUGCCACAGUCCCUACUAUGUCAGCUGCAUUCCCUGGCACCUCUCUGUAUCUGCCUAUGGCCCAGUCUGUGGCUGUUGGGCCUUUAGGCUCCACAAUCCCCAUGGCUUACUAUCCAGUUGGUCCCAUCUAUCCACCUGCCUCCACCUCCUGGAUGCCCUCCCAACGCUGCUCAGCUUGCAAUCAUUCAGGGAGCCAACGUCCUUGUAACACAGCGCAAGGGAAACUUUUUCAUGGGUGGCUCAGAUGGUGGCUACACCAUUUGGUGAAGAACCGUGGCCACUCCUGUGCCGGGAAAGACAUGACAUACCAUCAGCUCUUCUCACAAUGUAACUGCUUUAGUCAUAUUAACCCAAAGUUGCAGUUUAGACACAUGUUUUUGGGGUGUCUUUCUGGUGUCCAAACUUUGAGGCACUUUUCAAAUUUAAUAAGGAACCAUGUAAGGGUAGCAGUCCCUCCCUAAAGCAUUUUGAGGUAGGGAGGCAUCCAUUCUUCAAAUGAAUGUGAGUGAAGCAGCCCCGAGGCUCUUCCUUAAUUCCUCUGGAGUGAUACUGUACCAUACUGGUCUUCGCUUUUAGUAAUAAAACAUCAAAUUAGGUUUGGAGGGAACUUUGAUCUUCCUAAGAAUUAAAGUUGCCAAAUUAUUCUGA